AAAUUAAUUAAAUGAUCGGUGGAGUGCAAUCAAGACUGAGAAAAUUGGACAUUUAUCGUAAAUUACCAGCUGAUCUAACAGAGCCAACUACAGCUGGUGCAUUAAUUUCAGUUAUCAGUACUAUUGUGAUAGUUGUACUAUUUAUCACAGAAUUACAAGUAAUUCUUAUUAGAAUAUUUUGUUUAUAGGCAUAUAUUGAAGUUGAUAAUAGUAGUGAGAUGUUUGUUGAUAUAAAUAGAGGUGGUGAAUAAAUUCGAGUUAAUUUGGAUAUAGAAUUUCAUAAAUUUCCUUGUGAUAUUCUAUCUUUGGAUGUUUAAGAUAUAAUGGGAUCUCAUGUUGUUAAUGUUGAAGGUAGAUUAAUAAAAAAGAGAAUAAAGAAUGGAUAGAUAAUUUCUGAAGAAGUUCAUUCAAAUCAUGAAGGACACGAUCAUCAUGGUUAAUAAUCAAUAGAUUUUGCUCGUAUAGAAUAAGCAUUUAAAGAAAAGGAAGGAUGUUAAAUUGCAGGUUAUAUUAUAGUAAACAAAGUACCAGGUAAUGAAGAUGAGUAAAUUGGUUAGGUAAUUUCCAUGUUUCAGCUCAUGCUUUUGGUGGAAUUUUACAUUAAGUAUUUUAAAGAAGUUAGAUAAAUACAUUAGAUUUAUCACAUACAAUUAAUCAUAUUUCAUUUGGAGAAGAGGAUGAUUUAAUAAAAAUAAAGAAAUAAUUUUAAAAAGGAGUUCUUAAUCCACUUGAUAAUACUAAGAAGAUUGCUUAACCAUAAGGAGGAACUGGAAUGAUGUUUUAAUAUUAUAUAUCUGUUGUACCCACAACUUAUAUUGAUGUAUAAGGCAAUGAAUAUUAUGUGCAUCAAUUUACUGCCAAUAGUAAUGAAGUAUAAACUGAUCAUCUUCCAGCAGUUUAUUUUAGGUAUAAUAAUUAGAAUAAUUAGGUAUGAUCUAUCUCCAGUAACUGUUAAAUUCUUGUAAUAUAGAGAAAGCUUUUUGCAUUUUUUAGUGUAGAUAUGUGCUAUUCUUGGAGGAGUAUUUACAAUUGCUAGUAUAGUUGAUGGAAUGAUUCAUAAAUCAGUUGUUGCAUUACUUAAAAAGUAUGAGAUGGGUAAAUUGAGUUGA